AUGGUGUCUUCUUUCUUUCGCUCCUUUAUAACUGCGUCAUUGGCUAUAUCUUGUCUUGAUCUACGCGGAGUCUCUGCCGCGGAUGAAAGCGCCAGCUGUUCCUGCGGCUAUUAUGACUCUUCCACCCAAGAUCUGUUUACCGAGUCCAUCAUCGUUUACUUCAACGAGACCGAUGGUGCCCUUCCCGAUGAUUUUUUGGUCGACUCGUUCAAGCAUAAUUUCGAGAAGGGCUGGAACAGCAUAUAUCGACAGGACGCGGACAUUGCAAACGUACAACUCCAGAAUGCGACCAGUUCAUCCCUCGAGCUAUAUGUGUCUCCCUCGACACCGGAUCACCUUGUCCUCGGAGGCGGUAUCCAAACCACACGGCGUGACAUACAGUAUGGCACCUUCAGAUCAUUGCUGCGUUCACCGCGCCAAUGGGCUGGUGGCAGCGCUCUGUCCAUGAGGCUGGAGUACAACGAGACAGAGUCAAUGGAAAUCAACAUGCAAAACGCAAACAACCCUGCAGAUGCAUGGGUCAGCACUCUCAUACGCGGAGAGUUUCCAGAGCGUGGCCUGGGUGUCAACUAUAGCAUCCUAAGCAACUCCUCGAUGAUCAAUGGCACGGCUUCUCCAUGGGAAUUUACCGAAGUGAGGAUUGACUGGACGGAGGAAGAGGUACGGUACUUCAUCGGCACCAACCUUACUCGGUCGAUAAAACGGAAGGGCGGCAAGAUAGUUCCGGAAACGCCUGCACCAUUCUAUCUCAGACAUUGGUCAACCGGUGACACGUAUUCUACCGAGGGCCCCCCUACUGAGCGUUCCGUAGCCAAUGUUGGCUGGGCUCGGUUGUUCUUUAACUCUUCCUUGAUGACAGUCGAAGAGCACGAUAACUUCGACGCUCGGUGUAUAAGCACCGAGGCUUGCCCGAUCGCCGACACCACUCUUCGAGGGUCGUCACCUUACCGUGUGCAAGCCACACAGAAGUGGCAAAAGCCGCGAGAUAACAGAGGGAAACGCUGGGCCGCCAUCUUGUUAUGCGCUAUAUCUGUGUCUAUUUCGACGUUCCUUCUACUGCACGCGCUGCUCAAGAGAGGUACAUGGAGAAAGAACACAGCGCAGGACGUAACACACGGAAAUGCCCAACCUGAGGCUCCUACAGGAAGUGACGCAAGCUCAAACGGGUCGUCACAAGGAACAUUGAGCUCCGGGCAAGAGACGCCACUCUCUUCGAGGCCAUAUCCCCUUAGCUCGAAUCCAUCGUCCUCCACGGUUUACGACAACGGUGAUGUCGUUACGCCUCUGCCACGGUACCACAGUGAGGUGGAACUGACUGUCUACCAAGAGAGCAGCGGCGCCAGCACUCCUGCGCCGUCCUACAGAUCUCGGCCUGCAUCUGCAGGGGCUACUUGGAGCCAACAGGACGGCACACUAGGCACACCUGCCAUCAAGGACAGAAAUUCUGGCUCUACGACCGAGGAUAAAAUGUUUCCAUUCCCUGAUGCAUUGGCGAAGCUCAACGCGAUAAAGCAACGUGAAACUUCAAAGGAGCUCGUGGUGAAGGAAGCAGAAGUGGAUAGUAAGAGGUCCUCAGCGGUCACCGUCAACGAAACGACACCAGCUGCUUUCGAGUCCCGGUCACAUACUGCUGACAAGGUUACACCGAUUGGACUACCCGCCGGAAACCGUGUAGAUUACCUGGCUGGCCUUGUAGCGUUCGCUACGCUGCUGGUCACGGCCAUCCAUUUUGGUCUCACUUUUGUGCCGGCGCUAUUGAUCCCAGGCGCGGAGACACAUUACGCCAGUGAGAACUGGGGCCGUAAAAUCCCAGCGGUGCUGCUUCUGAACUUCGCUUGGGUUGGGCCAUUUUUCACAACAUCCACACGCUUUCUGGUCGUGAACUAUCUCAAGAACGGGAACCUGGGUAACAUCGCAGAGAAGGCGAUUCGCAGAACUCCAAGACUGAUGAUCCCCGUGGCCGCCGUCGCGCUCCUGGAGUACUUCCUGAUCGAUGUCGGUGUGACGAAAUGGCUAGAAUAUCUACCUUCCAUCUCGUGGUCCACUUGGCCGUACGUGGUGAACUACAAAAACUUCGGCCACUACGUCAGCGAGGUCAUCGAGGUGGCGUACCUCGUCCCUAACGCCGCACCACAGAUCAUCCUCAACUACUGCACUGGUGUCUUGUGGACUAUCCCCGUCCAGCUUCAAGGUUCCUGGCUGGUCUUACUCGGCGUAGUAGUCAUCCGCGAGAUCAAAACACCUUGGAAGAGAUUCGGCUACUACGCCUUCUGCGUUAUCAAUCAUUGGUACGCGCAAUCAUGGGGCAGCUUCCUCUGGAUGGGCUUGCUGCUCGCAGAUCUCGACGUCACUUACAAAUACAAGCCGUGGCUCCACGCACGGCCCGUAGCAUACUGGCUGUUCCUCGCCGUGAGCUUCUCAUUUGUCCUCAGCGGAAUGGCCGUGGACCUGAUCGCCCAAUUCCGCACCACCAACUUCUCGGUCCUCGAAAAUAAUCUCCACCCGGACACCGCUACUGGGUUGCCGCUUGGAGCCACUCCGAACGGCGGUUACCCGCCCUACUACAUACCGCGCCUCAACGGCCUCUUCUUCGCCGUCGGCCUGCAAGCCAUGGUCGAAGUCAGUCCGCUAGUGCAGAGGGCCCUCUCCUGCAAAGCCCUGAUCGUCAUCUUCCCGCACAUUCUGACUAUCUACCUGAUCCACGGCUUGAUAUUCUGGAGCUUGGGCGCCUGGAUUUGCGUCCACCUCGCGGCGCUUGGCCUAGCUUACUGGCUGAACCUGCUCAUUGUGGCGAUAAGCUGCUAUGCGGUCAUGGGCCUGUCGUUGCCUGUUCUAACGCCGGUCAUUGAGACGCUGGGAGGCAACGUCGCCUUACAUAUCUGGCAGUGCGCCACUGAGGAGCCGGCGCCUAGUAGGAGGACGCUGUAUCCCUAUGGGAAGGGGUUGAUUCUGGAUGAGAAGAAGGUGCAUGACGCGGCGUCUCAAGAUGCGGAGAAGAACGCCGCGAGCAAGGACGGGAGGGACCUCACGCCCUAG